AUAGAUUACCUAAGGUUGCGAGGAUUCAGCUCAGUCCUCCAACAAACAUCAAAGAGGACUUGUUGAUCUCCCCGAGCUGAUAAAAAAGUGACUGAUCUCGCCACAAUUCACACAUCAACUCGACUAAUCGUCAGUCAUUCGAAUUAGAAGCUUGACCCUGGCGCAGGUGGAUAAUAGCGCUCAGCGACAAACUCCUGCGAUAUAAAAAAAAGAGAGAACUGAAUGAUGAAGAUGCAAGCGAGUAUCACGGUGGCUUUGAUAGCUCUCAUGAGCACGAUGCACUUUGGCGUAGAUGCAUGGGGUGGACUUUUUAAUCGUUUUAGUCCCGAAAUGCUUUCCAACCUCGGUUAUGGUGGACAUGGUGGUUAUUUGAGCAGAUCGAGACUGUUACAGGGACCACUUUCGGGAGGUUAUGGAAAUUCUUAUGGGGAUUCGUUGGAAGAAGAAUCAGACGAUCCGUGUUACGAGAAGAAAUGCACAGCCAAUGAACAUUGUUGUCCUGGUUCGGUCUGCGUCAACGUUGAUGGUGUCGUUGGAACAUGCCUAUUCGCUUACGGACUAAAACAGGGUGAACUUUGCAGAAGAGAUAACGAUUGCGAAACAGGUUUGAUGUGUGCUGAUAUAGCAGGAGGAGAAACUCGAUCGUGUCAACCACCGGUUACUUCAAACAAACAGUACAACGAGGAAUGCAACAUGUCAGGUGAAUGUGAUAUCGGUCGUGGCUUGUGUUGUCAAUUGCAGAGGCGACAUCGACAAACGACUAGAAAGGUUUGCUCUUACUUCAAAGAUCCUUUGGUAUGCAUUGGACCUGUUGCGACGGACCAAAUAAAAUCUAUCGUACAAUAUACUUCCGGUGAGAAACGUAUCACUGGACAAGGGAAUCGUCUUUUUAAACGAGUACCCUUCGCCUAAACUAUCUCAUCCCUUUCUUUGGUUCUCGAGGAGGAGAGGUAAAAAGUAAAAGAUAAAAAGAGAAGACGAUUGGAAGAGUUUUAAACGUCAAAAUUCUCCUCCACCAAAGCACGUAGAUAAUAAGCUAUGUCGAUUUAACGCAAUUACGACGAUCCCGUUCGUAUUCCAUGAACUCCACUUCGAGUUGAUAAGUAUAUCUCAACGGUAUAACUCGCGAAACAACAAGAACAAAAAAAAAAAAAGAGAAGAUAAGAAAAAAAGAAAGAAAAACGUAAAAGAGACGAAAGGAAAGAACGUUACGAGAUCGUCGAGAUAUAUUUAAGUCACUUUGAAAAUUCUGGGUGACGAUACGAGACGCCUUCCUGUGUUUUCUCCUAAUCUUAUGACUGAUAAUAUACGGAUACAUAUCACAUUGGACCGUCAUCUUAUAUCGUUAAAAAUAAAGCAAGUACGAUGAUCUUUUUCAUAAAGAGAAAGAAAGAAAGAAAAUCGUUCCUUCGUUCUGCUUGUCGAACGGUUGCUUGCAGAAUGUUUUUGUCGAGAACACGAGACGAUACUUCUAAAUCUUUCUUUUCGAUCUUUCAUUCCAACUUUUUUAUCUUCUCGAUCGUUCUAAAACGCAAACAACGCCAUGAACGGACAAGUUCCGAGUCAUUCUGCAGGCAAUAAACCGUCUCGUAGAUUCUCCUUUGCUCUUUGUAAAUGUGUAAAAGAAUUCUAAGUUCGAUCGCUAUAGAUCGAUUAAUAAUAUUCGCCUUUUCAAUCAUAUCGAUUGAAUUCGUCUAUGAUAAGGAUUGUACGCGAAAGGGGAGACUAUUAACACUGAUCGAUAGUUAGGAAGUCUUACAAUAAAUGUAUAGACUACAGAUUAUCGUAAUUUUCUUUCUUCACGUUCUAUAUCAAAUGAAAAGGUAUAAUCGAACGUUCUUCGUAUUCAGUGGUGAAGGAACUAAACUAAAAUAUUUCAAAAUGGAAAGUAAACGUGACAAAGACGCGAAUUAGUAUUUAACUUAAUCGAUGUUUGAUGAAUUUAUCGUAACGUGUUGUUAUAUAGACGUCUUUUCUGAAUUAAAUAUCACUUAAUCGUUCUGAAUAUUGUUAAUCGGUGUAAUACACGGCAUAACUAUAUAUAUAUAUAUAUAUUUAUAUAUAUAUAUAUCUAUGUUAUAUAUAUAUAUAAAAAAAUUACAUACAUACUUAUAUAUAUUUAUGUGAAAGUGAUAACGUACGAGCUAUACCAAAAUAUACGUAUCAAGGAAAGUCUUGUUCAUCUAGAUUUUGUUCAGAGAGCUAUCGUUUUUAUCUAUAUUGCGAAUUAAAGACAAAAUGUUGAAUCAGCUACGGCGAAAUGGGAAUAAGAAAAUUGAUAAAAUCGUAAUAUCGAUUGUGGAAUUAUCAUUCUGCCACAUAUCACGUGUUAAAUGGGAAAAACCGCGUUGUUAAUUAAGAUAAUAUAUAAAUAUGUAUGUGACACGUCGGAGAAUUGUAUAGACGUAUGUUCGCAUGAACAUGAUCUGAGAUGCGUUCGUGACGUUAAAACGAAGAGAAAGCGUAAACGAAAAUAAAAACAAAAAAAAAAGACAAAAAA